GCACUGAACAGCUUCGGCCAAAAGACCAUGAGAGGGCCGGAGCCAGGUCCCGAACCAACGAUGGAGGGGGACGUGCUGGACACACUGGAGGCUCUGGGGUAUAAGGGACCACUGUUAGAAGAGCAGGCCCUUACCAAGGCAGCAGAGGGUGGACUGUCUUCACCAGAAUUUUCAGAGCUCUGUGUUUGGUUAGGCUCUCAAAUAAAAUCAUUAUGCAACUUGGAAGAAAGUAUCACUUCAGCUGGGGGAGAUGAUCUAGAGAGCUUCCAACUUGAGAUAAGUGGUUUUUUAAAAGAAAUGGCAUGUCCAUAUUCUGUACUUAUAUCAGGAGAUAUUAAAGACCGUUUAAAAAAGAAGGAGGACUGUUUGAAACUUCUAUUAUUUUUAAGUACAGAACUUCAAGCCUCACAGAUAUUACAGAACAAGAAAUGUAAACAUUCUCAAUUAGAUAAAAAUAGUGAAAUUCAUCAGGAAAUUCAAGCUAUGUGUGAUACCCUUGGUAUACCCAAGACAACAACUUCUGACAUUCCACUUAUGCUAAACCAAGUGGAAUCAAAGGUGAAAGAUAUUCUCUCAAAAGUCCAGAAUAAUCAUGUGGGAAAACCAUUGCUGAAAAUUGAUUUAAAUCCAGAACAGGCGGAACAGCUAGAAAGAAUCAAUGAAGCUCUUUCCUGUGAAUAUGAGUGCCGCCGGAGAAUGUUAAUGAAACGACUAGACGUGACAGUACAGUCCUUUGGAUGGUCUGAUAGAGCAAAGGUAAAAACAGAUGACAUAGCAAGGAUUUAUCAGCCUAAGCGUUACGCUUUGUCACCCAAGACGACAGUUACAAUGGCGCAUCUGCUUGCUGCUCGCGAAGAUCUGUCCAAGAUCAUUAGGACAAGUAGUGGUGCUAGCCGGGAGAAGACAGCGUGUGCCAUUAACAAGGUGCUGAUGGGAAGGGUGCCUGACAGGGGAGGACGGCCAAAUGAAAUUGAACCACCACCUCCUGAAAUGCCCCCUUGGCAAAAGAGACAAGAAGGCGGCGGAAGGGGUGGCUGGGGGGGUGGGGGUGGUGGAGGUGGUAGAGGAGGAGGUGGGGGUGGAAGAGGUGGCUGGGGUGGGGGUGGAGGUGGAGGAGGAGGUGGAUGGGGUGGAGGAGGGGGUGGUAGAGGAGGUUUCCAAGGCAGGGGAGAUUAUGGUGGGAGGGGAGAUUAUGGUGGAAGAGGAGGCUAUGGUGGAAGAGGGGGUUAUGGUGGGAGAGGUUAUGGAGAUCCAUAUGGAGGAGGUGGUGGUGGUGGAUAUAGAAGAUACUAAAACUAAAAAAUGAGAUAGCAGUGCUUACUUCUUGAUAGAUAUAUUAGACAUAGUGUUUUAAAUAACAUACUUGAAUAUCGUCUUUGAAGUAAACACCAUGUUAGACUCCCUGAUGAUACCAUUCUUGAAUUGGGUUAAUAUGUAAGAAUAUUGUUUUAUACUACCAGUUGAUCUCUUAGAUGAAGUGGUGAUUUUUCCAUA